AUGACAGAAGAGACAAGUCACAAUAAGAACACAAUCAGAACCAACGAUGGAGACACCUUCCGCACAGCAGCUGCACGUGGAGCGGCUUCUCCUCCUGCCCCACCUGCCCGCAGCCUCCCCUGCAGCGCAGCACAGCGCGGAAUCUGGGCAAAUGGGCGCGGCGCGCGCAGCGCGGAGGGGCGGGGCUUCGCAGGGGCGGGGCUCCGCGGGGAUGGUCUCGUGGGGCUGCGCAGGGGCGGGGCUCCGCGGGGGCGGGGCCGCGGGGCGCGCGCGGAUCCUCCCCUCGCGGGAUUCCCGCCCGCCGGGACCUGCGGCGCCUGCGCCCAGGACUUACCCGCCCGGGACUGCUGGUUACUAGGGUCAGUCUCCAGGGCCUCAGGCUGCACUUUGCUGGCCGAGCUGGAUGCUGCUUUAGGAGCUGCUUCCUGCAGGAACGUCGGCUACCUAACGACACCUUUACCUGGCCGCCCAAAUUCCGGGAAAAACCAGAUAGGAGAUGAAAAGCUAGUUUGUUUGAGAAGCAGGUGGGUCCAGAUGUUGAUGCUACGGAAGGAAGAUUGCCAACAUCCACGGGAACGACCUGCAGCAACAAUUCAAACAUACUCAAAACCUUCAAAUCUCAUUUCACCAAUUCUUAUGAAAAACAGUGAUUAUUGUUUAUUAAAAAUGCAGCAGCACCCACUACUUCUUCGAAGGCCCUUACCUCCAAAAAUCCCUAAGGUGUCUUUAUAUAAGAAGAAAAUCCAGACAGCCACGUCUGGAAAAACUGAAGCACUCCAUGUAAAUUUCAGUGAAGAGGAAAUCACUUCAACUGAAAAAGGCGAAACUAGUUUUCUGGAUGUCACUCCAGGAAGAAAAUCAGGAGUACCUAUCAGAAUCCAAAAUAUAUUACUUGAUCAUCAAGUACAAGAAACAAUGACUGUGAUUUCAACAUCCUAUAAAUCUGCUGUCAAUAUCUAUUGGCACAUUCCACAUAUUGCUCUUGGUUCCUUUUUUUUCCCGAGAAGUCACUCUGCUUCUAGUCGAGUUUUUUUGAAAGAAUUUAAAAAGUUAAAAAGAAAGCUACGUAAACAAAAAAAGAUUCGCAUUGGUGAAAAUUUAGAAGACAUUUUAAAUUUUUCCUCAAAGUUUUCCAAACCUUUAGCUGAUUCUUGCUUGAUCAUUGCUGCCCAGUUAAACAAAGAGCACCCUAAGUAUCAUUGGCCUUUACCAAAGACCACACACUAUACUCAUGACCUCCCUCCCUCUCAGAGAGGGCGCAGUUCAACAUUGCUAAGCCACAGGCCUAGUAGUAUAUCUACUAAAGUAGAAUCACAGAAGUCUAACGUUGUUAAUAAAAUGGCAUUAGGCAUUGCUCAGUUUCCAGGAAUCCUUGAUCUACCAACACAAACUUUACCAAGAAAACCUCGAAGACAAUCUCAAAUAGAAAGUCUUGCAGAAAGUAGAAAGGCAGAAACUGUCCGAAGACGAAGUGAAGGUUUCAGUAAAUAUAGAAAGCCAGAACCAGAAGGACAUAUUUUACGUGGUGAAGGUUUUAGGACUGUGGCGGCAACACGUUAUGAAACAAUAAUGGCAAUGGUCAACCUGGCAACAGCCAGCUGCCAAGUGCAUGGAAGAAACGCACUUAGUCUUAAGGGAUUUUCUCUCCAGAAUUGUCCAGACUUAACACCAUUGGCUUCUCAAUUGAUAUAUCUUAAUUUAUCAUAUAAUGAUCUCAGUAAUUUUCCCACAGAAGUGUAUUGUCUUAAAAAGUUGCAAGUAUUGAUACUGAGAAACAAUCCCAUCAAGGAAAUUCCUUCUUCAAUUAAAAAACUUAAGACCCUUAGAAUUUUCAGCAUUGCCUUUAAUUUGAUUCAUGAUCUUCCACAUGGGUUAUUUUCCUUGUCCAGUCUUGAGGAACUUGAUAUUUCCUACAAUGAAAUUACUUCUAUUCCCAGUGAAAUCCAGAAACUCAGAUCACUUGACAAACUGACUAUUGAUGGGAAUUACAUGACUUCUUUACCACCUGCAAUUUUAAGGCUUAACUUGACAAAAAUUCACUUAGAGAAUACUUAUACUCAUCAUACUCUUUGGGCAGAGAAUUCUUUGAAUAGUCCUCUACAACUUACUCACAUUAUUGCUUUGUUCAUUAUCAAGAAUAACCUAUGUCGAUUUUACGAUGUAAUCUCAGCAAAAAUUCAAAAGUUACUAAAAAGCACAUCCAACUGUGAUUGGUGUCAUGGUGCCAUGUUUGGUGAAGGUUUGCGUAUCAUCCGAUCCUGCGAUAUUUUUGGAGCAUCACAGCUUCCUAUUAUGUUUCAUGUCUGUUCUCCUCCCUGCUAUAUGAAAAUGAAGGAAAGCACUUUCAUUUUUGAAGGUUUGCCACCUAGAAGAAUAUCUCUAAAUAUGGACUGGACAAAAGACAGAAAAUACAGUGAUAUAUCCUACCUGAAAAGCCAUUAA